GUGGCUUCUCAUAUUGACUCGCAUGUACUUGUGCUUCUUUACCUGGUUUCAUCCCAUGCAAUGACUUGUCUGCUGCUGCCUAUUAGCGCCACUGCCUGAUCUCAAUCUACGACUAUGUCGGUGAAACAAAAGCAACACAUGCCUCCUCCGCUCCCUCCUGACAGCAUCUACACGUCCUGCUAUUGUGAAGAGAAUGUAUACCUGCUUGCCCAAGCAUUUGCCUCGACAGCCGGGGCAGAUGCCGAUUGGCCGUGGCAGGCGUCCGUCGUGUUCAUAUCGAACCACGGGAAGACGGUCGCCCUCUGGAGCCAGAAGGCCCGGGAAGACGUGGUAGUAUGGGACUACCACGUUAUCCUCGUUCUCCGCUCGCGCGAGCACAUGCAGAGCAGCGAGCAAGAUCCGACGCAUCGCGAAGGCGGACCGCAGCGGACGCAGGCGGCAGGAGAUAGCUGGGUGUACGAUUUCGACACCCGGCUUGCAGUCCCUAGCAGGUGGGCAGACUACGUGUCGAAGACCUUCCCGUACGUGUUUGACGGGGGGUUCUCGACACCAUUGGAGUACCAAAGUCUCUUCCGGGUCGUGCCAGCGGCAGCGUACCUCGAUCAUUUUGCCUCUGAUCGCUCGCAUAUGCUCAGGGAUGGACCCGGUUCUACAGCUCACUACACGGCUGCGCCUCCAUCGUAUCCGAUCCUUUGCGGCAAACGAGCUAAUGGAUCAGGCAUCAAAAACAACCUGAUGGAUGCGUAUGUAUCGAUGGUACUACGCGAGCCUCCGCCUCCCAAGCCGGAGAUACGACCUACGGAGACGGAUGCAGACCUCGGAAGCCCAUAUGGCGAAGUGAUGCAUAUGUCUGACUUUCUACGUUGGCUUUCCGGGGACAAAGGCGAUGGCACGUAAUAGGCGAUUGUGGUCCGACUCCGUGGAUAGUAAUACUUAUCAUUGUUAGGCUAGUUCAACGACACAGUGGGUACCCCGAUGGAUCGUAUGGGAAGAGGGACUGAGUAUGAAUGCGUGCCUGUUUGCG